AUGCAUAAGCGAGAUGAGAAAAAGAUAUUUACUUUUCUUCAUGAAUCAUCAAAUCUUAAUUUAAAUUUACAAUGCCUUUUUGGAUUUUUUUAUUUGAUGGGGAUUGGAACUGAUGCAUAUCCCGAUACUGCAUUCGAAAUUUUUAAAAAGGUAGCACACGGAAACGAUGCAAUAGGAAAAUUUUAUCUUGGUGAAUGUUUUGAAAAUGGACUUUGCUAUUUGACUGGAAAGGGAAUUAAAAGGAAUAAACAAAAAGCAUUUUAUUGCUUUAAUAAAUCGUAUGAAAAUGGUUGUAUUUCAGCAUGUAAUAAUUUAGGAAGUUGUUAUGAGCUUGGAAUAUUCACGAAAAAGAAUAAAGAUGAAGCAUUCAAGCAUUACCAGAUUGCAGCCGAGCACAAUAUUUUAUCUGGACAAAAUAUAGAAUUGGCAAAAGAAUGGUAUAAAAAAGCAGCAGAUAAUGGACACGAAGAUUCUCAAAAGAAAUUAAGCAAAUUGAAUAAACGCGGAAAUGAACUUAAAAAGUUACAAAAAAAAAAAAACAAUAAUGAUUCUAUAGAAUAG